AUGGCGAAAAGUUUGAGAUCAAAAUUCAAGAGAAAGGUCAGAGCAAUUGCCAGAACCAAAAAAGAGCCCAAGACUGCUGCUCUCCUUCAGAAAGCAAUCGAGAAGCGUGACGAAUAUGAGAAGGUCGAAGCCGGUAAUUUAAUAAAUUGAUUGCAAAAAUACCAGUUUCGUUUUCAGAAAAAGCAAAAGAAACUGAAACUGCUGAAACACAGGACAAGGUUAAUACAAAAAUUUUACGAAGUAAAACGUCAAUUUUUUCCAGAUGGAAGUGGCGUUGGAUUCCAACAUUAACACGAAAACUCUGAGAAAGCCGGAUGGAUCGUUCCCACCGUGGCUCUCUGGAACGUAAGUUAUCUUCAAUUACAAAAACAUCCGAUCGGCCUGUUUUCAAAAUCUCGUUGAAUUACAUUCCAAUUUUGUCUAGUUCUCUCGAGAGACGUGAACCACAUGUUAAUAAACGAUUUUCUAAUCACAACAAUUUUUAGACAAAAGAAGAAGGCGGCCAAGAAGAGCAAAGCUAUCAAGAAAGCCAAGAACAAGACGGCCAAGAACUUCCGAUGA